AAACACCGCAAACAGCAAACAAAGUCCCAAACACCAACCACAAUCACCCAACACAAACAGCCAUCCACAUGCUUGGCGAACGUUCAUAACAUUGCGAAUCGGCAAACAUGGCGGACGACGAGCUUGUGGCAGCUAUUACUUUCGGGUUGACAUAUUUUUAUUUUAAAUUAAAGCAAGAGAGAGAAAAAAGAAAAAAAAGAAGAAAGCAAAGACGAUUGUGGAUGAUUAAAAUACAUAGAAAUCGUACAAGACAAUUUAUAGAAAAAAAAUUUAAUGAGCUUCUUUACGAACCAUCAGGGGAGUUUCAUAACUUCUGCCGCAUGAGUUUCACAGAUUUUGAGUAUUUGCUAGACAAAAUUUCGAAACAAGAUACGGACUUCAGGGAAGCUAUACCAGCGAAAUAUCGUCUAGCAAUAACACUAAGGUUUAUCGCAAGUGGUGACACUUACAAAAGUUUACACUAUUUAUUCAAAGUGUCUCCCCAAGCAAUAUCAAAAAUUAUACCUGAAGUCUGCAAAGCAAUUAAUGAUGUUCUAAGAAAUGAAAUAAAGAUGCCAUCAACGGCUGAUGCUUGGAUGAAUAUAGAAAGAGGGCUUAGAAGAAAAUUUCCACACUGUCUUGGUUCCAUAGACGGCAAGCAUAUUAAUAUAGAAAGUCCACCUCAUAGCGGAACUGAAUAUUUAAAUUAUAAGAAAACGUUCAGCAUUGUUCUAUUGGCAUUAGUUGAUGCCCACUACAAAUUUAUAUUUGUUGACAUAGGAUCCCAAGGGAGGAUUAGCGAUGGUGGCGUCUUUAAUAAUUCAUUACUGUGGAAAAAAAUCUGUAAAAAUGAAAUUGAAUAUCCUUCGUGGAUCGGACGUUAA